AUGAGCCGUCCCAAGGUCCUCCUCCUAGGCAAGAUUGACCACGCUCACGUAGCAUGGCAAACCAUCGCCGACAUCGCAGACGUGGUCCAGCCCAAGGCCACCAACCGAGACGAAUUCAUUGCCGAGUGCAGAUCCGGCGCCCUGGACGGCAUCAGCGUCACAUACAGAACAUUUGAUUCCGUCAAGAUCACGGGCAAGAUUGACAGCGAGCUGUUGGACGCGUUCCCCAAGAGCAUCAAGUUUCUGUGCCACAACGGCGCCGGCUACGACCAGGUCGACAUCCCCGCCUGCACCGCCCACGACGUCCGCGUCUCAAACACUCCCACCGCCGUCGACGAUGCCACCGCCGACGUCACCAUCUGGCUGCUCAUCGGCGCCCUGCGCAACCUCCCCAUCGGCAUCAACGCCCUGCGCGCCGGCAAGUGGCGCGGCUCUCCUCCUCCCGCGCUGGGCCACGACCCCGAGGGCAAGAUCCUGGGCAUCCUGGGCAUGGGCGGCAUCGGCCGCAACGUCGCCACCAAGGCGAGGGCCUUUGGCAUGCGCAUCCGAUACCACAACCGUUCGCGCUUGAGCCCUGAGCUGGAGGACGGCGCCGAGUACGUCAGCCUCGAGACGUUGCUGGCGGAGAGCGACGUCCUGAGCCUGAAUCUGCCUCUCAACGCAAGUCAUUCCCUUAUCACUAUUCCGAGAGCAACAACUUAUUCACCCCCCUUGAAUAUUUACAAAGCUAACGCUACAUCUUUUUUCCAGCCCAGCACCCGCCACACCAUCGCCGCCCCCCAGUUCGCCCUCAUGAAGCCCGGCAUCGUCAUCGUAAACACCGCCCGCGGCGCAGUCAUGGACGAGGCCGCCCUCGUCGACGCCCUCGCCUCCGGCCAAGUCUCCUCCGUCGGCCUCGACGUCUACGAGAACGAGCCCGAGAUCCACCCGCGCCUGCUCGACAACCCAAACGUCCUGCUCGUCCCCCACAUGGGCACCUGGACCCAGGAGACCCAGCAGAAGAUGGAGGAGUGGACCAUUGACAAUGUGCGCCUGGCCGUCAAGGAGGGCAAGCUCAAGAGCAUCGUGCCUGAGCAGGCGAAGCUGGCUGCGUGA